UUUUAUAUCAUAUCUAGAUAAUUUUAACUUUAAGAAACACUUUAAACAUUUUUUUGUCGUUUUCUGAAAACCUUACUAUAUUUCAAUAAUUUCUUAGUUAAUAAUUGAGUAAACCCUAACUUUCUCCAGUCUGUAAUUCAUGAAAAAGCAGAGAAAAGGAUAGCCAUAAAUCAGUUUAAAUUAUUAGUGUUCUUUAAUAAAAGGUUAUAAAGAUGGAUACUGUAGUUAAGACUAUUUUAGAAGAGGAUCAGGAAGAAGAGGGAAAGGGAUUAGUGAUAUUUGGACGAGAUGUCUCAAAAAUACCGUGCUUUAGAGAGAGCUUUUUAUAUGGUGUCUCAUCAGGCGUUGGUGUCGGCUUAGCAGCAUUUUUGAAGACUUCAAGACCUCUUUUCUCCCAACAUGUGGGAAUGGCAACCUUCACUGUGACCACUUUACUUUAUUGGUCCUACUGCAGAUAUGAGUGGUCGAAGCAAAAAUUUGAUGCCCAGCUAUUGCAAGAAUCAUUAAAGGACAAAUUGAAGUAUGAAGGGACCGUUGUUGAAAGGGAACUAGAAAAACAAGGUGUACUCAAAACUGCCUAAUUAUAAUGUUGCACUGUAGAUAAUGAGUUGGAAAUGACAAAAAUAUACUUUUUUCAGUAUUCAAGCCGAAAAUUCAACACAGAAAUAUUAAAAAUAAUUAAUUGAUACAAACUAUUUUGUAAUUUUAUCACAGAAGUAAUUAUCUUAUCUCACCUAGUAGUAAACUUGGUUGCAUUUUUGUCUUAUAACAAAAUGCAAAAAUAAAGUUCAUUGAAGGUUCUAAAGAGUUCCACCAAAAACAAUAUCUUCAAAGAUAGUUUUAAACAAAAAAUAAAAAUUGCAUUUUCCAACCACAUUUAAUUUAUUAUGCUAUAUGUUAUCAAAGAAGGUGCUAAAAAUAUUUUAAAGAAUAUAGAUUACUAACGUAUUACAUAUUAAAAUUAUGUAUGUACAAAGUUAAAACCCCUUAUCAACUAUAUACUGUCACAGUAUGUCAGGUCAUUGAUUCCAAAGUAGUAACUUACAUUUGAUGUGUUUAAUAACCCCAUUGUAAUUUGCAAUUCUGUAUAUAAAUUUUUGCCCCAGAUAUUUAUAAAACAUCAAAAUUUCCAACAUUAAAGUCACCUGUACAAUAAAUUUUCAAAUUUAAUGGAAUUUCAAGCUAAAUAAGGAUUUUAUAUAUCAGCAUAUAGAUGCUAUUUAAUUCUGUUAGUGUGAAACAUUAAGGCAAUGUAUAGUUGAAAAUAGUUUGUAGUUAGAAAUGUAAAUAUGAAUAAAGUCUUAGAUAUA